AUGCUGCGACCUAGACCAGGGAGACAGCAGUGCAAGUGGAACGGUCUUGGCAGUCAUCUCCGUUGCUACGUCGGCACACCCACCGGUCACAGCGCCGCUCGACUUGUAUCCCAAUCUCCAGACCCAGACACCGUCACGACAUCAUCUGAAUCAACUUCGACCACGGCGUCGCUCAAAGAUUCCACCGCAACCACGUUGCCCGACCAGCAGGAGGUGCAGUCCGGACUGUCAACUGUCAUCGAGUCGCUCCGACCCGACCAACCACCCCCGGAACUGACAACCCCCGACGACAAGGCCCACUCGGACGAGAUUGACCUCGACGACCAAGACGACGAAGGAGAGGACCAAGACCACCAGGACUUCAAUCGCCGCCGUUCGCCUCCCCCACGCUACCCUGACGCCGCAUCUUCAGCCUCGGCCUCGACCUCCUUCUCCCUCCCUGCCACGCGCUCAUCAGCGCUUCCGCCCUUCUCCAGCCUCUACCAGUUCGCCUCUGCUGAGGAUCUAGCCGACGACCAUUUCCAGCUUCCCUCGUCCUGCUCACGUGGACCGGCCUCUGAAACAGCUGCAUCUUCUGCGACUGCAGCUCCAGCCUACGCGCCGCCAUCUUCCAACUUUCUAGGUCAACCCGCUCCUACAUCAUCCAGCGGCUUGCGAAACGCCGUUGCCGAGACCAAACGUGCACUUCCGCAAGACAACAAAGCCGGCUCAUCAGCUCAAAAGGGCGAAGACUCGGACGAAGCGCCUCCUGCAUACGAAGAAGGUUAUAGUCCGCUCUUGUCAUUCUCUUAUCUAAUGGCUGCUGCCGGAGGAGCAUCGAGUAUUAUUACUCAAGUCCAACAGGGCGGCCCGCCCAUCAAUGCUAUCGGAGAUGUUGGCGCCGAUGAGACCAUCACCAUGGACUUGCGGGGCACCCGCUUCGUACUGUCCAGAGAUGAGCUCUUGACAUUGCCUGAAUUUGUUCUCCUGUCACUUUUCCCCAACGGCUUGUUUCCCGAAGGCCACAUGGGUGGCUUUGCCGAAGGUGAUGCCGUUCAAGUUGAUGUUAGUUCCCAGGCCAUAACUUCUGCGAUCCCUACCCCUUUGCUGCCAAAUCCUAUUAUCAACUCCAGUCUCACUCACUCGUCAACCACUCGCAAUUUACUCUCAAAUAUCAAUAUGCAUUUCACUGACCUCACCUCCCAGUAUGACCCUGCAUCUCUCCAGUAUAUGCUAGACUUCUUCCGCAAUGUUGCACAGACUAUUCCCACUGAAGCAUCUCCUAAUGCCUCGCCUGAUGGAGGAGUGACGCCCAUUGACUCUCUUGGUGGCGGAAGAGACGAUGGAAGCAAGCGUGCAGGUAUCAUUGUUCUUAGGGAGGACCUGGACUUUUACGUCAUCCCUCCGAGGGCAGACAUUGAGCAAAAGGAGAUGAUUGAGGUCAAGAGAGCCGCCGCGCGUGCUUUGUUGAAGCAGGACGGCAUCUUUUCGGGCUUGAAGAGAAGCGACGAGCCAGGUACCACCGAGGCGCAUCUGAUUGAGAUGCUCACAGCGGGCGGCUUCAACCACGACGACACAUGGGGUCACCGAGCCGGAGAGCCCAACAAGGCUGUCGUCUGCAGUCUUGCGCUGGCUAGACUACGCAGCGAUAUCCGUGGUAACGAUAUGGGUGGCAACGCAGUCGGCAUGGCCCAGAAGCUGCUUCUCUUCUGGCGCAAGCCUGCUCGCCGUUGCUGGUGGGAGGGCGUAGACCUGAAUGACGUGGAAGGCAUUGACGGCACAUUGAAGGUCUGGAUCCGCAGGGUGUGGACGCUUGAGAUGAGCGUCAUUGGUCUACGAUAG